CACUCGACUCGCUUGACAUGGGACGAGGCUCCACGACACGACUUCGGCAUGGGGGCCGCUCACUAGUCGCGAUCCACGUCGGCUGCUCAUUUCCAUUCACGUACUGCUAUGUACAGACAUUCUGCGGCCCGGGGCUCAUGCUCGCCCUGGCCGGACCCUGCCUGCUCCUGCCUGCUUGGCUGGCCUCGUCCUCCUUCAUCACUCGCCUCAGAUCCGCCGCCGUAGCAAUGUCUUGAUCAACACCCCCAAUCCCCCUCCAGGACUGUCCGGCUGUCUGUUCACUCUCUUCGUCGUUGAGCAUCGCCAGAGCUGGUCUCGUCUCAACUGACAAGUCCAGGUUGAUCACGACUCAACACCUGCCAGCAUGGACCACCUUCCUCGCGAGGUCAACAUCCUCACCUUCAAUUGCUGGGGCCUGCUCUACCUCAGCGAGAAGCGCAGUGAGCGCCUCUCGGCCAUUGCUCGACAACUUGUAGCCACAGAACCGACUCCGCACAUCGUCGCCCUCCAGGAGGUCUGGGUCGAGGAUGACUAUAACCACAUCCGCCGCGAAACCCGCUCCAUCCUCCCGUAUGGCAAGCGCUACCAUGCUGGUCCCUUCGGAGCCGGCCUCGUCAUCCUCUCCAAGUGGCCCAUCGAGGAAAGUUCAAUGCGCCGUUAUCCCCUGAACGGGCGACCAACAGCCUUCUUCCGUGGCGAUUGGUUCGUGGGCAAAGGCGUAGCCUGCGCGCGGAUUCGCUACGGCCCGGGGGCAAAGGAUAUCAUUGAGGUGUUCAACACCCAUGUUCAUACAAAGUACGAGCACGCACCGCAGAAGGACACGUAUCUCACCCACCGCAUCUCUCAGGCUUGGGAACUGGCCAAGCUUGUGCGCGGAGCCGUAGAGCGUGGUCACCUCGCCAUUGCCCUUGGCGACUUCAACGAUGUCCCUUCGUCACUGGCGUACAAGAUAUUCAGCUCUGCAGCACCAGUCCACGACCUCUGGCGUGUAUUGCACCCAGAAUCAUCCGUUGGGGACGUCGAGGAUGAGUACGAAAAGGCAAGGAGGCGCUCGAUCCCUACGGCACAAUUUAACAUUGCCGAGAACGGUGCCACUUUCGGGAGCGCCAUGAAUACCUGGACAUGGCCCAGGUCACAGCAAAAGCAGCUCGGUCCUGGCAAGGAUCCCCUAAAUGUCCCACCAAACACGCGCGAUGGCCAGGCACAUCGUAUAGACUACAUCUUCGCCUCAACAGGAGGACAGACUGAGAGUGGUGAACAAGGCUGGAUCGUGAAGAACGCCCGUGUGGGCAUGCUCACCAGAACGCCUGAUCUCCAGUGCUCUCUAAGCGAUCAUUUCUCCGUCGAGGCGACGCUUGCCCUUCACAGGCCCAAGCCGCCCAGUGUUCGAUCGCCAUCGCCAGCUACGAAUGUCAGGGACGCGUUCGAUCGCGGAGUCUACCUGCAGUCCCCCGCACCUUCGAUCAACAGGAAUUCGACAGACCUGUCAGAGUAUGAUUUCCAGCUUAGCGAAAGCCCGAGUGCAUGGAAAGGCGGACUCGCUGCUUCUGUCUGCGAUGAGAUCCUUGAAAUCAUCCAAGACUAUGCUGCCCGAGAAGAGCAACAGAAGUUAUGGCGGGGGCUGCAUUUUUGGGGCUGGGUUUUGGUUGCGAUUGUUUGCUACGUUGGGGUAUGGUUUACUCCAAGCUAUGCAAGCUUCGUCCUGAUGGUGCUGAGCACACUGGGUUUGGCCGCAGGGACCGCGGACGGAUUGAUGUCUGUUUUGUUCUUUGGCACGGAGCUGCGAGCGAUCAAGGAACUCGAGUGGGAGAUAACCAAUGCGAAGGCUUUCGCAGGCGGCCAGGUGGAAACCUGGCACGACAGCAGGGAAGACUUGCACAAUGACGAGAUGCAAUGAUCUGUAAUCAUGAAUGCCUUUGUUGAGUUAGUUUCGAGUUAGCGAGAUACCCAUUUUGUUCCUCUCU